GCGGCGUCCUCUCUCGUGAUUGGUUGAAAACUAUCCGAAGUGGAAAUCUCUGUCCAAUCAGAAGCUGCGCGUGCAGCCAUAUGCGAAAGACACCUGGCUGCUCUCAGAGAGGCGAGAGCGAGUGAGUGCGCAUGCGUGACGCGCACGAGCGGCAGAUGAGGAUCAGAGCGCUCGGGUGUUUGGAACGUCCGCGCGCUGAAAGCAUGUAGACAGAGCGAGCACGCGCACCGCAUCACCAUGCACAGCUGGGAGUGAGUCACGUGACUCCAGCCUGUACACCUGAAGAGCAGCUCCAUCACUGGACCUGGUGUUUAAGAACCACAUCCAUGAUUAAAGCCCUAAAGAUGAAGCAUCUCUCAGCUCUGCUGGUUUUGUCCUUGCACAUGGUUAUAUGUGCGGCAGAGCCUGGUGCAGCAGUAGGCCCGCUAGGAUGGAGAGAGAACAAUAAGGAUGAGAGCAUUUCUCAGCAUGGGUCGCACUCGGAUAUCCUCAAACCCCUGCGGCUUUUCUCACACCUGUCCUUAACCAGUGAAGCCUCCCAGCAGCUUGCAGUACAAGACCUAUGGGCCUGGCUGUUUAAUCGCACAGAAGAGAACGAACAGAGUCUGGCUCGAGCCAAGCGGCGACCCAUUGUCAAGACAGGCAAAUUCAAGAAGAUGUUCGGUUGGGGUGAUUUCCAUUCCCACAUUAAGACAAUCAAGCUCAACCUACUCAUCACAGGCAAGAUUGUUGACCACGGCAACGGUACGUUCAGCGUCUACUUCCGUCACAACUCCACAGGCCUCGGCAACGUCUCGGUGAGCCUGGUACCGCCCUCCAAAGUUGUCGACUUUGAGAUCGGACAACAGGAAACUCUGGACGUCCCGAAAGACACCAAGUCCUUCAACUGCAGAGUGGAGUACGAGAAGACCGACCGGAGCAAGAGGACGUCCUUUUGCACCCAUGACACAGGCAGGGUGUGUUUCCAGGAACAGACGCAGAGCCACGUCUCCUGGCUCUGCUCCAAGCCCUUUAAAGUCAUCUGCAUCUACAUUGACUUCUUCAGUGCCGACUACAAACUGCUACAGAAAGUCUGCCCGGACUACAAUUACCACAGUGACAUGCCUUAUACUUCAAUGGGGUAGAGACACGAGAAGAGCUUAAAAAACGUCAGAAUGUCCGUCAUCACAACCCACUUCUCCUUGUAGCCUCCUUGUGACGAGUGGGCAAAGAAAGUAACGUUGAAGGACCUGCUUCGAGCAAGCCUCACGGAGAAGGUACAAGAAAUGUACAAAAACAAGCAACGUUUUGUCAUUCCACCUUUUGAUAACAUUCCUUGUUUUGCAUGUUCGGACCAUUCGAAAAUGUUGUAACAGUAUUUGUAAAUUUGAUCGUACAACUCGACAGUACUUCAGUGGACAUACAUCCUCACGUGAGUGUAACAAUGUUCAUUCACUCACAACCAUGUUACCUUAUCAGAUAUCAGAUAAAAUAAACUCGACCAUCUGUUUGUGACGUCCGUUAUGACAUUCCACGCUUCAGUGUGUUCAGUGACGUCUUUAUGUUGUGUGCCAAGAAAGCAAGCUAUGAUGUAAUACGUUCUUUCGAUUCAUUCUGUACAAUUCAUGCUGAUCAUUAAAAACGUGUGACCCCCGGACAA